UUUGUGUGUUGACAACAAAAUGCUUUUGCCUGCAGACUUCGCUCAGACUCAGAUAGCUGCAGAGCCAAACAGAAGGAGAGAAUAAAAUUUCUGGAGUUAAUUGGAAUUCCUUACUUAUAGAAAGUCAGUCCUUCUCUGGAACGGCAAAAAAAAAAGUCUUUCCUGGUUGUCAUACUGUACAGUUAUGGUGGCCUGUGCUCUCUUUAUCCUGGGCUCUUUGUGGAUCCACAGUCUGGCACAAGCAUGCUGUGGAGAGGAGCUGUCCAGGGAAGUGGUGUUGUCCUGGUUCAGAGAGCGGGUUCUGGAGGGUUUGGGGCUGGAGGAGCCACCUGUGGACACGGUGCAGGGUCUUGACAGGGACAUGGCAGGACCAGAAGAAAGGCAUGCACCCCGGAGGACCCCUAGGACUAGCAGGACAGCGUGGGUCAACCAUCACACCAGUCCGAACCAGGAAACAUUUCAAAUUAUUCUCUUCCCCAGUUCUGACUCAUCCUGUGCCAGAUCUUACUCAGCUCCCGAAGAAACCACCAACAGCCACUUCACAUAUUACUUCCAGCCGUCCGUGAACAACCAGGAGACCUUGGUCACAUCUGCCUACUUUUGGUUCUAUGCGGGCGAAGAAGGAGCUGCAGCCAACUUCUCUGCCCAGCUGUUCAUCCUCACAUCAGCUCAGCAGCUUUCUCAGGCGGCAGAGGCUCCAUCAAAGACGAGCUCAGAUGGAUGGACCACCUACAGCUUGGAUCAGAACCUUCUGGCCUCUGUGGCUGAGGGCCCUUUUCUGCUCCAAGUCCGCUGUGCCACCUGCCAAUGUCAUGCCAACGAAUCAGACAAGAUACCCUUCCUUUACCUCCAUGCACAGCCUCGUGGUCCUGUCCAUUCACCCCGCCAUGCAGCAGUAACCAUACCCUGGUCUCCUUCUGCCAUCGACUUGUUCCAGCGUCCCUCCGGGGAGAGACCACAACACAGCGACUGCCACCGAGCAGAAAUCGAAAUCAGCUUCAAGGAGCUGGGCUGGGACUACUGGAUCAUCCAACCCAAAGUGCUGACUUUCUACUACUGUCACGGGAACUGCUCGGCCUGGGAUCGAACCACCGCCAUGCUGGGGAUCACACAGUGCUGCGCUCCGGUCCCAGGAACCAUGAAGUCCCUGAGGAUCACCACAACAUCUGAUGGCGGGUACUCGUUUAAGUAUGAGACCUUGCCCAACAUCAUACCUGAAGAGUGUACUUGUAUCUGAGCAUUAAAGGUUAAAGGGCUAGUUCGCCCAAAUUACAUGUUAAAGUCCAUAAAUGUACACAGGAAGUUAUAUGUUAUAUUUGUCUUGGUAUACUCUUUUUACAGUUAAUGUAACAAAAAACAAAACAAAACAAAAAACAACAACAAAAAAAAGUUUUAUACUAAGAAGAUGUACAAUCAAAUGGCAACAACCUCCAGUUAAACUUCACAAAUAGACAGCAAAAAUGGUUUUCUAAGUAUCUAAUAGUUACUUUUUGUUUUCUGGGUUGUUCACAAAGCUGUAUCACCACCAUUCACAAUUUGUUUUAAUUUUUUGCAGCUGUUAGUGGCUUCUCCAUUUCCUCUGUGUAUUGCAUUAUUGCACAACAGCAUCCCUCAAUAGCACAUCCAUAAACCCAGCGUUAUUUGAGAGUUGGAAAUUAGCAAUAGCUACAAACUCUGUGCAGCAACUCUGUAUUGGAACUAUGUUAAAUUGCAUCAUCCCUAUCAAAUAAAAUAAAAAUAAAUACAUAUUUAAUAUAUUGAUUUGA